CUUCCAUCUUCCUUUCUGACCAUUUUCCAUUGUAGGUCUGCGGUGGUCGAGCAUAUGCAGACACGGAAGGAAUUCUUCGCGUUUGCGUUUAUCUCUUAUCGCGAGGAACGAUCCCAACGUUUGGAAAGUGUCCUGUCAGCAUUGGUGUACCAGCUCGCCACUCAAGCGAGGUGUUUCCGCGAUCAGCUGAAGGCAGCCUAUGAUCGGCGCGGCGCGGCUCUUUCCGUGUCGCCAACUGCACUGUUGCAGUGUCUUAUGGGCAUGCUGAAGGGUGCGCCGAAGCGGGUGGUCCUUCU